CGGUUACUGGGGGAACUGGGGGCACUGAGGGGGCUUAGCCUGGGGUCAAACCAGCGCAACACCCACACUGGAGACGUGGCUGGACUGGGAGUCACUGGUUUGAACUGGGGCCACUCUGGAGGGUCCCCCAGACCCAAAUUCGGGGGACAGGAGGAGGAGCAGGACUUCACAAACACCUCUACUGGGUGGGUUUAUUAGAAAUUAAUUAAGUAAUUAAUACACCUCCCCACCGCCAUGACACCACAUGGGGUCGGCCACAGGCCACGCCUGGCCUGGUGUCCCCGUGUCCCCUCUGCUGUGCCGUGGGGGAGGUGGCACUGUGAGCUGGCACAGCCCCGGGGGUGUACCGGUGUCCCCACCACCUCGUUAUGGGGGUGACACCCUCAUCUGUCCCACUCAGUGUCACCUCGGGCUGCCCCCAUGUUGCCACCCACAGCUCGCUGUGGGGGUGGCACUGGUGACGGGUCACCAGCAGAGCUCGGUGUCACCAGCGGGGUGUCCCAGUGUCACUGUCACCGACGUUUCAUCAUGGAGGUGACACUGUGACCUGUCACAGCUUAAUAUCACCAGUGGGUGUCCCAGUGUCACCCAGCUCAGCCAUGGGGUGACACCGGGACUGUCACAGUUCCUUGUCAUGAUCAGGUGUCCCAGUGUCAUUGUCACCCACAGUCCAUGGUGGCGCUGUGACCCACUGCAGUUCAGUGUCACUGUCACCCACAGCCCAUCGUGGCACUGUGACCCACUGCAGUUCAGUGUCCUCAAGGGGUGGCACUNUCACCCACAGUCCAUCGUGGGGUGUCACUGUCACCCACUGCAGUUCAGUGUCACUGUCACCCACAGUCCAUGGUGGCACUGUGACCCACUGCAGUUCAGUGUCCUCAAGGGGUGGCACUGUCACCCACAGUCCAUCGUGGGGUGUCACUGUCACCCACUGCAGUUCAGUGUCACUGUCACCCACAGCCCAUGGUGGCACUGUGACCCACUGCAGUUCAGUGUCAUUGUCACCCACAGUCCAUGGUGGCACUGUGACCCACUGCAGUUCAGUGUCCUCAAGGGGUGGCACUGUCACCCACAGUCCAUCGUGGGGUGUCACUGUCACCCACUGCAGUUCAGUGUCACUGUCACCCACAGUCCAUGGUGGCACUGUGACCCACUGCAGUUCAGUGUCCCCACGGGUGUCUCAGUGUUUCUGUCACUCACAGCUCAGCACAGAGGUCACACUGUGACCCCAUCACUGCCUGGUGACCCCAUGGGCUCUUCCUGUGUCCCUGGCCCUGUCACUCUGGUGUUCCUGCUGAGCUGUCCCAGUGUUCCUGUCACUCUGACAUCCCAGUGUCCCUCCUUCCUUGUCACAUCUGUGUCCCUGUCACACCUUGAGCUGUCCUGCUGUCCCUGUCCCACCACAGUGUCCCUAUUCCUAUCACACCCCAGUGUCCCCAUGGAGCUGUCCUGGUGUCCCUGUCACACCUGCUGUCCCCAUUACACCCUUAUGUCCUUCUCAAGCUGUCCCAGUGUCCCUGUCCCACCCCAGUGUCCCCAUCGAGUUGUCCCAGUGUCCCUGUCCCAGCCCAGUGUUCCUGACACAUAUUGGUGACCCCCUCAAACUGUC